UGCAUAGUAGAAUAUGGUACCUUCCUGUAUGCAAAUUAUCAAAAAAUGCUAGCGGCAAUUAUCGGUACCAUUUCCAGUUUUGUAGCCCAUAUCCCUUGAAGCAGUGGUGUCCAAAGUUCCAGAAAGGGCCAAGAGGAUGCAGGUUUUCUUUACAGCCACUGACUCCACCAGGUGAUUUCACUGAUUAACAUCACUUUGAGCAGAUGGGAUGAGUUCAUCAGUGAAAUCACCUGCUCCCCCAUACUGUAUAUAGCCCUGUUACAAUAAAAUGUGCAAUUCAUUUUCCAGAAAAUGUUUUAAUACUAUAAUGUUUGAUGUUUAAGAUGUAAUUUACAGAACUUGGUUCGGUGAGAUGUCAAAUGAAAGUUGAGCUUUUCAGACCUCGUCCCAUGUCCUACAAGAACCAAACAAAUUCAUUAUACACUGUAAUAUCAAAUAAUUCUUGAAGAAUCGUAUAUCCUAAGAAUUGUGAAGUGUAUCAAAUCUGCGCUGAGUAAUUGUGAUAAUAUCGAAUUGGGAGAUAAUUGUAUCAUCAGAUAAAGAUCUCACAAUUUGUGCACAUACUCUGUUGAUUGAGGCAAAAGUCAACCGGACAUACUUCAAGUUAGAAGACACUCUUUGUAGUGUUAUUGGGAGAGAAAAGGAAAUUGCUGGACGAAGUCUCCUGUAAUAUGUCUCCUGAGGAGGACACGUCUCGGAUGUCCACUUCUUUCUCAUGCCCUUCUCCCUCCUUCCUUCCACCUGACUCCCACUUCAUUGGGAAAAAGGAGGAAAUUAUACAGGCCAGACGUGUGACAAAGCUGGUGAAUGGAUGCAGAGACGUGCUGGUCCUGUACCACCAGGGACGGCUACAUGCCAUGGACAUGCGCUGUUACCAUUCAGGUGGUGUAUUAGAGCAUGGAGACAUUGAGGAGUUUGAUGGACGGCUUUGCAUUGUGUGUCCGUGGCACAAGUACAAGAUCACGCUGGCAGAAGGGGAGGCGCUUUACCAAGCUGUGGACAAUCCUGGGGCCAAACCCCUGCAAACUCACUGGCGCUCCAAAGGGGUCAAACAGAGAAUUCACAGGGUCACUGAGGUCAGCGGGGAUGUGUAUGUAACACUGAACAGUUCCACUGAGGUCAUCGAAUCUGAUACAUACCAGACUGAGAAGUAUAGGACUGCCUUUCUCAGUCCCCAGCUACAACGUACGAUGAAGUAACAUAGGACUGGUCUGUGAUUAAUAUUUUUAAACUGAGCUAUACAGACAUUUGUGUGUGACUGUGCGUCAUUUCUUCUUGGAUUUGAGUUUGCUUCCUGUCUUCAGCAGAAUUUUGAUAUGUGUAGUUUUGUGCUUUGUUUUGACUGGUGGCUUGUUCACUCUUACAAAAUCAGACAAUAGAGCAUUGAUUCAAGCAAGUCAGUUUGAUAUCAUUUAGUAAAUUAAUACAGGAUGCUUCUCAGUACACAGUAGCAAAAAUAAAUUGUAAUCACCACAUAAUUACUUAACUAAAAACA